GGCCUUCGGGGCUGGUGUGUGGGUAUACAUACAGUAUAUAUAUACCAGAGAGAACCACAAACAUCCUCAGCUGAUCCUCGUACCGACAACAUGAGGCUCGUACUCCUCGCCUGCCUGGUCGCCGUGACCGCCGCCGCACCCCAUCCUGACCGGGACGCCCAGACCGUGGUAGACGAGCGCCAGGAUGAUGGAGAUGGAAAUUUCUACUACCGGUUCAAAACCAGCAAUAGCAUCACGGAGGAGAGGCAGGGCACCCCUGGGGUAGAGGGCCAGAGCAACAUGCAGGGAUCCUACUCCUUCACUCAUCCUGACGGCACCGUCACUGUGGUCAACUUCAUCGCCGACGAGAACGGCUACCGUGUUGUUGACUCCCCAAGACCUCCUGUUCUGCCCCCAAGACCUCCUGUUCUGCCCCCAAGACCUCCUGUUCUGCCCUUAAAACCUGCUGCUGUGGAUGUCUCAUUCCAACGUGCCGGCCCUAUCCCGUUCAAAUAACAUCAAGACGAAGACCUGGUCCUGAGCCAUCAUCCGUUGUCGUCCUGCCUGUUAUAGUUGUGUUCUAUUAUAAUUAUCCUGUGCGGUAA